CUCCUAGGUUAGGAGGAGGAAAGAACAGAAGUCCAGGGAGAGAGAGUGAGGCUGGGGCUGGAUUGCAACAGUUGCCCGCUGGAGACGGUCAGAUCAAGCACACUCCCCAGCCACAGAAGACAGGAUAGGGGAAACCUGCUCCAUCUCCCCAUUGUGUCCUUGCUUGUGCAUCACCGGAUGUCUGCAGAAGCAUGCUCCUCUAGGACCUGCUGCGAUGGUGGACAUGUUUGUUGUCCAGUAAGGUGGCUGCUGACCAUGUGGCUUUCAAGCAUUUCAAAUGUGGCUAGUACAACUUACACAUACUCUGACAAAGGCAAAUUUGGAAGCAUUUACUUGAGGACAGUGGCUAACACAUAGAUAAUCACAACGGGCGCAAUGAAGCACUUCCUGAGGAUUUCUUCAAGCAAGAAUUAACUUUCAUUAGCAAAUUCAUUGAAACUGUUCAAAAUAAGCCACUUUUCUCUUAUUAUCCCCAAAGAAGACGUCAGUCACAAUUUAAGAUGCUGGAGUAGUGUUGCACUGCAGAGUUCUAGUGGAAGGGUGCUGUCUUUUGUCUUUGACAGAAUGUUGUUCCAGGUGUGCCUGUAUUUUUACUGUAAAUUUUUGUGGCGCUGCCUAAAAUUUGUAAUGAGAAAACUGACUGGAAGAUGUGAAUUGCAACGGAUCUGCUACAAUACCAAACCUGGGGCGUCUAGAACCAUGAAAAUCGAAACAUCACUGAGGGAUUCAAAAAGUAAGCUGCUGCAGACCUCAGUGACUGCUCACCCUGACGCCAUUGAGAAAACCAUAGAGGACAUCAUGGAACUGAAACAAAUUAACCCUGACAUAAAUCCACAGUUGGGAAUCUCUCUUCAAGCUUGCCUUUUGCAAAUUGUUGGCUACAGAAAUCUUAUUGCAGAUGUGGAAAAACUGCGCAGAGAACCCUAUGAUUCUGAUAACCCCCAACAUGAAGAAAUGCUUUUGAAGUUAUGGAAAUUCUUGAAGCCCAAUACUCCAUUGGAAUCUCGAAUUUCUAAGCAAUGGUGUGAAAUUGGUUUCCAAGGUGAUGAUCCUAAAACUGAUUUUCGAGGAAUGGGACUUCUGGGCCUAUACAAUUUGCAGUAUUUUGCAGAAAGGGAUUCUGCAGCGGCUCAGCAGGUCCUCUCUGACUCUCUUCAUCCAAAAUGCAGCAAAUUCAGCAAAGCAGAAUGGGAGAAGAAAAGGAUGGAUAAAGCAAUUGGGUACUCAUUUGCAAUCGUGGGCAUCAAUAUAACUGAUUUGGCAUAUAAUCUACUGGUGAGUGGAGCCCUAAAAACUCACUUCUACAACAUCGCCCCAGAAGCUCCAACACUGUCUCAUUUCCAGCAAACAUUUUGCUAUUUGAUGCAUGAGUUCCAUAAGUUUUGGAUUGAAGAGGACCCCAUGGACAUAAUGGAAUUUAAUCGUGUGCGGGAGAAAUUCCGCAAGAGGAUCAUAAAACAGCUGCAGAACCCAGACAUGGCAUUGUGUCCACACUUUGCUGCCUCAGAAGGUCUAAUCAACAUGUAGUCACCCAUGCUGGUUUUAACGGAUACCCCCAGAACACUGCCUCAUUGUCGUGUUAGAUCCCUGCUUAGGUCCCAGCUCACACACUGAAUGCACAAUGAUUGUAUGCAUGCCUUUUGGUACAGUAUUUUCAUCUCUUGGUCAUAAUUACCAGACCCUCAGAUACCACUAUUUCUGGAGUACCUGUCAUCCAGUGACUGUUCAUAUUGUGGCAUUAUGCAGUGUUACAUUUGCCUUGACACCCAGGUAUGGAGAGAGUUUUCUAUUUUUUUAGAUUGUUUUCCUCCCCCUCAUAAUUCAGCACUGAAGAAUUGUAUUUCUCUAGCUGUAUUUUGUAUGUAAGAGAUUUAGCUGAAUCUUGUUCUGUGAAAGCCUUUUAAUUUAUUGAUAUGUUUCAUGACCACUGUUGCUAGCUCUUCGGGCCAGGUUCACGCUUGAAUUUCAUUCCACUAAAAGUAUACUCAUUCCAUAAAGUAUAUGACUUUCAAGUAAUACAGACAGACAGACACAUGAUAAGCCAAACCAUUCCUGCAAACACAGCUGCGCUUCGUGAAAAUAUAAUGAGGCUGACAAGAAGCAAAUUUAGGUAGGUGCUGUCUUUGUUUGAAGUGUGGCAGAAUUAUAUUGUAACUUCCCCCAGUUGCAACUGUGUCAUAGUCAUAUGAAUACCAGAUUAUUUUAUUCCCAUAAUUUUACUGGCUUGGACGCCUAAAUAUGUUUAUGAUGCUUGGAGCCUCAGAAAAGAAGUAUGCAUACUUCAAAAGCUGCAAAAGGAUUUUCACUGCCUGCCUCUUGCUGAACUCAGAGUUACGCCAUGGCACUGUUCUGAUCCAAGCACCUGUGCUUGGUUUGUUUUCAAUGUCAAGAGGUUAUAUUAAAAAACAAUUUUCAAGAAAAUGUGUUGCAAGAGAGGGACCUAAAAUGUGUCCUUCUGUAAUAGUUCUUGAAAAUAAUGACCUUGCCUUGUAUCAGUGAAAAAAGUAAAUUGCUUGGAAGGGGAAAAAAAAUCAAAUCAUUCCAAAACUGCUAAAGAUCAUUUCAAAAACCAUGAUUUAGUUUGGAAUUAUGAUUGUAGUCUGUUGAAUAGUAUUUACCAUGGCAUUUCAUACCCAUGGUAUUUUAUACCUUCUGACUAUCAAUUUUAGUAUUAUUAGACAUUUGUGUAAUCACUUAUUUAAAUGAAGUCUGAGUACUGCCUGUCAGUUAUAUGAAUAAAUUACAUGUCAU